AUGUACAGCAAGUCGAAGUUUUACGACACAAAAACGGAGCAUGUGUUUUCUUUGUUGUAUAAUGGAGGUAUUAUGGAGGUAUUCUAUGUUAACGAGAAUCGAUUGAUUCGCCACAUGGAUUUAAGAAUAAUGCCCAUCCUUUCGGCAAUGUAUUUCUUCUCCGCUUUGGACAGAUCCAAUAUCGGAAACGCCAAAGUCGCAGGUAUGAACACUGAUAUUGGAAUCUCUGAUGCACAGUACUCGACAGCGGUCUCGAUAGUUUAUUCUACCUAUUUGCCCUUCAUGCUUCCAGGCGUUUUGCUGAUGAUGCGCUACUUCAACAACAAAAAACGCGAGUAUCUUGGGUGCAUGGUUGCAUUAUGGUCAUUGGUUUCUAUUUUUACAAUGUUUGCUAGUGGAUACGGAUCACUUAUAGCAUGCCGACUGUUGCUUGGGCUUUUCGAAGCCUCGUUCUUUACUUCAAUUUCUCUGAUCAUUUCAGACUUUUAUUUCCAGUCCGAACUUUCACAGCGUGUGUCAUAUUUGUUUGCAGCAUCUGCAUUUUCUAGUGCUUUUGGGAGCCUCAUUGGAACUGGAAUCACAAAGAUCAAAUCUGGGCUGGCUCCAUGGAGAUAUCUGUACUUGAUCGAAGGACUCUUGUCUUUUGCAGCGAGCUUUUGGAUGAUGUUCGGAAUGCCAAACAGUCCAGAAGAGGUCGCCAAUGGAGAAGAAGAAAUAAGAGUGCUUGAAUGGAGAAAUGAACAGCGGCGAUUAUUUAUGAUGAAUGAUGGUGACAAAAAGUCUGAGGCGUUUGCCGCGUUUUGUGACCCGAAAGUGUAUCUAUCUACGAUUAUCCAAUUUUGCCAAGAUAUCCUUAUGUACGGGUUUUCCACAUUCUUACCGUCGAUCUUACGGAGCGAUCUUGGGUACACUUCACUUCAAGCACAAUAUCUGACAGUACCCUGCUACAUGCUCUCUGGCAUCGUUUUUAUUCUUGCGGCCAGAAUAUCUGACAAGACAAGAAUAAGGGGACCGCUGAUCAUCUUCCUAGACAUGUUUGGGGUUGUUGGAUACGCACUCAUCCUUGGAAACACAAGCAGCGGUGUCAAGUACUUUGCGUGCUAUCUCAUAUGUAUGUGCUUGUACGUCCCAGGGUUGAACGAGGCCUGGUUGGCCACGAACCUGGCUCCAAGAUUCAAGAGGGCGAUCGGUCUGGGAAUAAAUCAGACUCUCGGAAAUAUCGCUGGCGUGGUGAGUGCCCAAAUCUACCGAGAGCCUCCAAAGUAUGUGUUGGGUCAUGCAUUCACUCUUGGGUGCAUUGGAAUGGGAAUUGUGAGCUCAGGGUUGAAUACGUUUCUACUGGUUCGUCGCAACAAAGCUAAUAUAAAAGCGUGCGAGACAGGCGUUGAUGCCCGUGGGCUCAAACGAGAGAUCGGCGAUGAUUCAAUUGAGUUUCGGUUUGUUACAUAA